UUUCUCUCCGUCGCUCUCACUGUUGAUGGUUCUCACACCGCAAACCCGUCUCCACUGACCAAUUUCACGGCGUCUCCACUGAAACUUAACACCCACCGUAAUCUGUCGACGCUUGUGGAUGUAGUGAAGAAGGGGGCUACUGAGAUGUACAUAUACCCUGCAGAUUGCACCAUUGAGAUGCCAGGGGAAAUGUUAAGGCAUGAAAUGAUUAUGGAGGGGUAUCAGUUGUCGUUAGCCACGGGGACUUAAAUCUGAAUGAGGAUAGGAUUGAGGAUACAUGUGUCAAAUCCUCUGCUUUAAAUCCUAAGUCAUCUGAAUGAAGUGUUGCACAGUUUGAGAGUAUUAGCGUAGUCAAACCUCAGUUUGUACUUAUGAAUAAAGCUUCAGCAUCCAGUAGUUUAAUGGCAGCUUUCUCGCAUUGUGUGCAGCAAGUUCGCAAUUAUGAUUAUCAUCACUAUCUUUGCCUCCUUGAACUCCCUCAUAACAUGCGGAAGGCUGCGUUUGCAGUCCGUGCCUUGAAUGUUGAAACAGCUCGUGCAAUGGAUGUUGCUUCUGAUCCCCGGAUUGGUCUUAUGCGUCUUGUCUGGUGGCAAGAAGCCAUAGACAAAAUCUACGCCAACAAGUCAAUUGAGCACCCAACAGCACAAGCCCUCUUGGCAGUUGUACACGAGAACAAAAUUAGCAAGGCCUGGUUGAAACGGUCUGUUGAAGCUCGCAUCAAUGAUGCAAGAAAGGAGAUUGGUGACGCCCCAGAAAAAAUUGAAGACUUGGAAAAGUAUGCUGAAGACACCAUGUCAACUAAUCUUUACAUGACGCUACAAGCUGGCGGUAUCAGGUCCACUGCAGCCGAUCAUGCAGCAUCACAUAUUGGUAAAGCAAGUGGGCUACUUCUGCUAAUUAAGUCACUUCCAUACCAUGCUAAUCGCAACCGUCACUUCUCUUAUAUACCAACUGAAGUGGCAGCCAAGCAUGGGUUGUUGGUAAAACAUGGGAACCAAGCAGAGAUUCAUUUAGACUCUCGUGAGGGCUUAAGUGAAGCAGUUUUUGAGAUGGCAUCAGUGGCUAAUGACCAUUUGCAGAUGGCUCGUGAAUUAGCUGGUACAGUACCUGCAGAGGCGCGUCCAGUGCUGCUGCCAGCGGUGCCUGCCCAAGUUCUACUGGAUUCCCUGAGGCGGGUGAAUUUUGAUGUGUUUGACUCAAGGUUAGCACGUGGUAUCCUAGGUGUGCCCCCUUUGUUGUAUCAGUUGAAAUUAAAGUGGCAUUCAUGGAGAGGAAAAUACUGAGAAAUUUGAUUUUAUAGUUUUUACAAAAUGAUGUUCCAUUUUGCAUUCUAGAGUACAAAUCCGGAGUUGUUUUUGAGGAUAUGUUUUCACAAGAUGCUUUUUUUCCUGUCUUUGAGAAACUUUUUAAAUAAAUGGGGCUUGGGGCUUUGAGAAUAGCACUUAGCUCUUGCAACUUGAAACUCCUGCCCGGUUCUUUCUUUUCCUUGUUCAUUUUGUUGGUCUGUAUUUUCUGUUGAACGAUCCAGGUUCUGUAUGAAAGUUACGAAUUCCCACAAG